UCCUGCAGAUUCUCCAUCCUCUCCAGAACAACAAGCAAGCAGCACCUCUCCAAGAGGACCAAGGCAGCAGGCAGCAACAAGCAAUCAACAAGGUAUGGGGCUUCCCUCCUGCCUCCUCUUUUCCCCCCUCCUUUUAUAGCAUAUUAGUGGAAGAUGGGUGGAUUAGAAUAAUGAAUGAUGGGCUCCUGCUUGUAUUAGAAUAAUGAUGGCUCUUAGAUUGAUGGGUGGAUUAGAAUAAAGGCUAGUUGAAUACUGAUGCAUGAUGUGUUGUGCUCAACAAUGGAUUAGUUUAAUGACUAGUUGAAUGCUGAUUAGUUUAAUGGCUAGUUGAUUGUCGCUGUUUGCUAUAUCUGCAUGAGUAGAGUAGUUUAGUUGCUGCCACGGCAGCCUUUUCAUCUGUCUGGUACCCUUUUGUCUAUCUAGUAAGUACUUUAUUGUUUGUUGCCUUGUUGCCAUGGCAGCCCUUUUAUCAGUUAUGCUAAUAUUCCUUUGUGUUUGGUUGUUUGCUGCAGGUAGUAGAAGUGUAGCACCAUGGAUGGAAAUGCAGCAGCUGAUGGGGGUGAGCCCACCUACGAUCCAAUGAAAGAUCCAACAAGGAAGCCACAACGGUCAAAUGAUCCGGGAUGGAACUAUGGAUAUUGGUCUGAGCCUCCAAAUCAGGAUCUUGUUGUGUGCGCUCUUUGUGGCAAGAUAACUUCUGGAGGGAUCAAGAGGCACAAGGAGCAUCUUGCGGGCGUCGGGGGAGAUGCAAUUGGUUGUCGUAAGGCCACCACACAACUGAGGAGAGAAAUGAGAGCAUAUUUGGAGCAAAAUAGGAGGAUCAAGGGAGUAGUAGAUGUAGAUGAUGAUCAGGAGGUUGUGGAGGUGAGUUCAGUUGGAGCAAACAUCGCCUCUAAAAGGCCAAGCUCAGGGACAGCAGCCAAACAGAAUAAGAAAGCGUUUAUCACCAACAUGCAAGGUAAAAUGUUGCUGCUGCCGCCAAUAGUUCCAAGCCAAUUGUUGCCAUGCUACGAAGAACACCUGAGGAUCUUGUAGAUGAAAAACGCUCUGGGUGUUCUCAAAGCAACAUGGAGUCUAGCACAAAGACUCCGGGAGAGAGGCAUUAUGUCAAUAUGCAGUGGGCAUUGUUCUUUUACGAGUGUGGCAUUCCAUUCAAUGCUGCAAGUAGUAGGCAGUUUGAGGUCGCAAUUGAAGCCUCUUGUCAAUAUGGUUCAGGUUACAAGCCUCCUAGUGCACAUGAGCUGAGAGAGCCAUUGCUUAAUGAUUGUGUGAAGGAAACAGGACUUUUGAGGAGGCAACACGAGUCAGCAUGGAAAAAAUAUGGAUGCACACUCAUGUCGGAUGGCUGGUCGGAUAAAAGAGGACGCCAUUUGAUUAACUUCCUUGUUAAUAGUCCAGAGGGCACUUUCUUUUUGGAGUCGGUUGAUGCCUCAAGUGUAUGUCAUGACGGUGAUAUGAUAGCUGAUUUGCUUGAGAAGAGAAUUCUGGAUGUUGGAAAAGAGAAUGUGGUACAAGUUGUCACCGAUAAUGGUGCUAAUUACAAGAAAGCUGGUCACCUUCUAAUGGAGAGGAUGCCUACUCUAUAUUGGACCCCGUGUGCAUGUCAUUGCUUGGACCUAAUGUUGGAAGAUAUAGGAAAGUUGAAGGCAUUUAAGAAGCCUAUUGCAGGGGCUAGACGUGUCACAACUUUCAUCUAUAGACAUGGAAGACUUCUUAGUCCAAUGAGGAAGGCCACGGGUGGGGAUCUUGUGAGACCAGCAGCCACUCGUUUUGCCACAGCCAUCCUCACACUUAGGAGUUUGGUCAAGAACAAGGCUGCAUUGAGGAGUUUAUUUACAUCUGAUGAAUGGGUUGGAAACAAGUUAGCAAAAACACAAGUUGGCUUGAAUGUGCAAGAGAUUAUACUUUCAACGGAGUGGUGGAGCGCAAUUGAGGACUGCCUUAGAGCUUCAACUCCACUUCUUAGAGUUCUUAGAGUAGCGGAUGGUGAUGAGAAGCCUGCCAUGCCAGAGAUUAAAGCACUUAUGAUUUAUGCAAAGGAGAGGCUCAAUCUAGGUUUCCCUCAACAAAACAAGCAACCAUUGCUCAAGAAGAUCUUGGCCAUUGUUGACAAGCGUUGGGAGAAUAUCAAAUGGAUCAUCCAUUGUAUGGGGCUGCUCUAUUUUUGAACCCAGGAAAGUUCUUUCCUAUUGUAAGCAGAAAUGAUGAUGCCUUAGUUGGGGAGCUUAGGAGCUGCUUUAAUGAUGUGCUUGCAAAAAUGGUACCGGAUGCCAAUGUUCGAAAAAAGAUUGAUCAACAAUCUGUGCUCUAUGAGGGCCAGCGAGAAGGCUUUUCUAAUCCAUUGGCACUCGAGACCAUGAGCACAAGAAACCCUCUUGAUUGGUGGAGUUCAUUUGGUGGUUGGGCCAUUGACCUACAAAGGUUUGCAAAGCGCAUUGUUAGUCUUUGUGCUUCAUCAUCUGGUUGUGAGAGGAAUUGGAGCACGUUUGAAUUUGUAAGUCAACUAGUAAAGCAGUAUUUGUGUUUGUUCAAUGAUGAUUUCAGCAAGUAAUUUACUUAUUUCACUUGUUUCUACUUUGUAGAUCCAUACGAAGAAAAGGAACAGGUUACAAUGGAAAAGGUUGAAUGAUCUUGUCUUUGUUUCAUACAACCGGAAGAAUAUGCAAUGGUUUCAAAAGAGGCGUGAGAAGGUGGGCGAGAAUAGCUUUGAGGCUUUGGUCAUUGAGGAUUUUUAUUGGGGCAAUGAGUGGGUGGACCCAUCACUAUCACAACCUCAAGGUGCUCGAGGUUGUCCUGAAGACAAUCAAGACAUUACAUGGGAGGAUGUUGAUGUGGCUAUUGGUGCAUCUUCAAACCUUCGAGGCCGCAAUCUGCAUAGGACAGCAACUACACUUCGUAGGGGCCAGACAAAUGUCCGUCUGCAACACUACGCACGCAAGAGACCUACUACAACACGACCUACAAUUCCUGAAGAAGAUGAGGCAGAGGACUUGGAGCAAGAGCAACACUCAAGUAUGCCCUAUGCGGAGGAGGAGGAGGAUUCAGACUACGUUGAGGAUGAUGAUGAUGUGAGCAAUGACGAUUAAGAGCCAACUAAUGUUGACCAAGAUGGUGAAGACAGCACCAAUGCCAAUGAGUUUGAUGAUGAUGACUUUUGAUUGAGACUUUGAGAGUGGAGAGACAUGAGAGAGCUGAGCUGGCCACCUUUAUCCCUUCUGCUAUGCUGGAAUUAUCUAUUAUUCUGUUUGUCUUAUGUGGACCUUUGUUAUGUGGACUACUGGACUUGUGUAAUUUGAAUUGGUUAAUGGUUAUGUAAUAUGCCAUGCAUUGCAGAUUGCAGUUGCACUCAUACUUGCUAUCUUUCUUUCCACUUUUGCUCGCUGCCUCACUUUUAUUUCUAUUUUUUUAUUUCUAUUUUUUGUGGAAUGUGCACUGGUAAGUGAUACAUUAUUCUAACAUAUUUGUUCAUGACUUCAUGUUGAUGCAGAAUUCUGCUGGGGAGAAAAGCAAGUGCAAAGAGGAUAGGAAUGGAUGCUAUAUGGGCUCUACAACAAUCAGUUGCAAGGUGUGUAUGGCUGUAUGCCUAGUUGCUUAAUGCCUACCAAAUUCUACUUAAUUCUGUUGCUUACAAGUCUCUAAGGCGUCGCCUCGCCUUAUGCCUUAGCGCUUAGGCAGUGAGGCGCCCCCCAGCGCCUCGCCUCGCCUUACCGCCUUAAAAACAUAGGGUGCUUGGGUACUGGGGUUCUCAUGUGGACCCUAUGGACAGUUCGCAAUAAGCUUGUGAUUCAGUGUGCGCCUCUUCGACGAUCUACUUGCGCGAUUUUCAAAAUGUGUGGUUACUUGCAGCUUUGGCGGCCGCUUAGCCGCCCGCAGGAUCGGGACGCCAUCGACAUCUUCAUUGCAGAUCUUCGUGCGUUGGCCUUCCGCUUGGCUCCGCCGUUUCCCCCACCACGUCCGGAGCCGGAUUAGUCCCUCGGACUCACUGUGGCAGUGCCUAUGGCUAGGCUCUGGCCCUUUGCAUCCCCCUCUUUAUUCUCUUUAGGGCUUGUUGAGUUGUGCCCUCAGCAAAACCUGGAUCUUGCCGUGCUUUGACUAUGCGCAACUUGUGGGCGUGUGUGGUGUGUGCUUGUAUGUUGGAACUUGUGGCUCUGGUGGUUUGCUUUAUAUAUAAAGUGGGGUGAAAGCCUUUUUCGGUAAUACUGUGAAAGUCACCUACCGUAGCUCAUUAGUCACCUAAUACUCCCUCCGUUCCGGAAUCUAGUGCGCAUAUAUUCAGGCUCUAAUACAAUGCAUGCGCUAGAGGCUAGCUUUGGACGAGAAUAACCCUGCUUCGUCUGUCCCAUGCCCUCGCAGACAUUCAACUAGCUAGCAAACACCGGCGUGUGCAUGCGGGCCAGGGACGCGGUGACGCCGACCACCGGCCUUGUACGCGGAGAAGCCAGCCGCGGGCGCAGUGACGCCGGACACCGGCGGUGGAAGGGAAGAAGCCGGGCGCGGGGGCGGUGACGCCAGUCGCCGACGGCGGAGGGAAGAAGCCGGCCGCAGACGCGGUGCUGCUGGCCGUCGACAGUGUACGCGGUGAUGCUGACCAUGGACACUGAGAAGCGGAGUGGGGCCGCCGGCCACCGUAGCGGAUGUGGUGAUGCUGGCGCCCGCGGUGGACACGGGAAAGUCGGACGCGGUGGACGCCGACCGCUAGUGGAGGACGCGGAGAAGGCGGCAGCGAACACAGUGACGCCGGCAGCGGAUGCGGAGAUGCAGAAGACGCCAGUAGCAGACACAGGCCGACAGUGAUGCAGGUCUAGUGCCCACGCCCCUGACUGCCUCGCCACCACAAUAUCCUGGAUCCGCACAAUCUCCUGGAUCCGGCCUGGCGGAGAGGCAUGCACAGACGGCGAGGAAGGCAGGCUACCCCGCAGCCUCGUGGAGCUGCGCAAGCUUAGGUGCAGACAGCUCGCACUUGCGCUUCUUGCCGCCGCUCGUAGACACUGCCGCCGCCAUGUCCGCUCCAAGAUCAAGCCGUCAUGGUCCUCGGCCGUUGCUCCUCGUAGCCGGAGCAGGGGAACGGGGGGCAAUGGCGUGGUCCUCGUCGCCGCGGAGGAGAGAAGAUGAUGGCGUGGCCCUCGUCGCUGCUGGUCCAAUCCCGAGUCCCGACCGCCUGCGAUGCGUGUUGUGUGCAAGAGGAAAAGGAUAAAGGCGAUGGGUGCGUCCAUGCGGCUGCAGGGUUAGUUUCGUCCAAAGAGCACAAAGUUGCUUAUACAAAGUUGCUUAUACGCACUACAUAGUGGAAUAACGCUAGAAAACUUAUGCGCACUAUAAAGUGGAACGGAGGGAGUAAUGUGAAAGUUAACUACCAUUGCUCAUUGAUCACCUGAAAUACUGUGAAAGUUGUCUGUCAUGGUUUUUAAGUUGCCUACCUCGGAAGCUAAGUUCUUACAGUUUAUGAAGUUGUCUACUGGUGAUGCUCAGUUGCCUGCCAUUGUUGAUUAGUUGCCUAGAGUACUGUGAGUUUCCUACCAUGGCUUCUAAGUUGCCUACCUCGAAACAUAAGUUGUCAACAACACUAUGAAGUUGCCUACCUAUGAUGCUCCGUUGCCUGACAUAGCUAAUUGGUUGCAUGUAGUACUAUAAAAGUAGGCCUACCAUACUGAAAAUUACAUAAGCAACUUAGCAUAAUGCACUCAAUGCUAAGCAAUUUAGGAAUAAAAGUUAAGCUACUUGAGGGUCAUGGUAGCCAAUUUAGUGCAGACGUUAGGCUAACUAGCAUCAUGGAAGGCAACAACAUGAGUUGUUUACUAUAGAACUAAAAGUUGCUUCAUGUAGCACCCAAGUUGCUUUGGAAAAAGUUCAUCGGAACAUACUGAUAUGGAAUCGGGUUUUGAAGAACUCGUCGCGAGAGGUCCAGCAGAGAAAACGGAUUGUAAUUCCAACGCUCAAUUCAAAAGUUAUAGCAUUUUGAAAUAUCGAAAAGAGGAAUUAGUAUGACAGUACAGAGCUUUGAUAUUCACAUGCAAGCAUGGGGAUGCAGCAUGUGCAUCAGCGCAGAACACCAUAUGUCAUUUGCCUUGCAUGGGCCAAUCACCUUUUGCUAUCUUGGGUAAAGGAAUCAAGUUUUCUUGUUUCCCAUUUUUGGGUCUAUACUCCAUAUAACUAAAAAGUGCAGCUACACUUAUCAGAAAUUGAUUUAUUUUGCCAAAUAUAUACAUUCGACACCCACAUAAUACUUUGCUAGUAUUUGUUACUUUCUCCAAGAUUUCACAACUAGGCUGAAUCAAAAGAUUCAGAAAAAGGAAGUCCUAGAUUACUGCUGCUCAUUCAUGCACUUGGAUUGAAAGACCCUGGUUAAACUUUAUGAGAGGGAAAAGAAAAGAAGUCCUAGAUUACUGCUGCUCAUUCAUGCAAGAGGCUACUCUAGUGCCCCCAGUCGAACUUUAAGGUCGGUGUUGGACCUGGAGAAUCCAAAGAAAACUAGUAGUAGUCAUGUAUUUAAUUUCGAAACAUCAGCUAACCCUGAUUUACUACUUGUAGUAUUUUAUGACAACUAAACUGUUCUGAUGACUGAUGAAAUCUUAAAGGGGUUAGCAGCUAAGCCAGCAACAGAGUUCAAACACUAUGCAUCAAAAGAAAGUUAUGUACCGCAAAGUAUCAAUUAUUUCAGAGUAUGAUAUGAUUCCCUCUAGUGAAUGUGCGAAUGACAUGGAAAUGAUAAUCUUUGACAGUCU